CAGACCAACCUCUCAGGACUGGGGGCUCCGCGCGCUCGCCGUGCCCGCCUCUUAGUCGCCUCUCUCGGGGCGGCAGGCACUUUUAGGCGAGACCGUACACCGCUUCGACGCCUGCAAGUUUGGGCAGAAGCUGCACGCGUAAGGGGUGACUCGCCACCACUCGGGCUUCGCUUGCUUAGCGUGGGAGCGGCGAAGAGGCGGAGGGAAACCAUCCCUGGAAGUGGACAGUAGCUGUGGCGCCCCUCGUUCGGGUCGCGCUGCCUUCUGGUGCUCGCCUUGGGGCGACGAAACCGCCUCCUUGCUGGCUGGGGGGCGGGCGGGGGAAACUUUUAAGUUAGAACUCCGAAGAGGGAAGGCUUUUCUGCAGCCGCGGCCAUUUCCAGGAGCCGCGGCCCCUCCUCGCCCAGAGCCUCUGUGUUUAAAUGUUUGUAAACAAUGAACGCCGGCAAGGAUUUGCGCCUCUGUGUGGAGGUGGUCAAAGAUCGUCUUUAUUUUGCCAUUCUUUUCCAUAAACCAAAGAGUGGUAGUGCAAGCACACACUAUUUCUGCAUAGAUGAUGAAUUUGUAUAUGAGAACUUCUAUGCAGAUUUUGGACCACUCAAUCUGGCAAUGAUUUACAGAUACUGUUGCAAGCUAAAUAAAAAAUUAAAGUCCUUUACCAUGUUAAGGAAGAAGAUUGUUCAUUAUUGUGGCUUUGAUCAGAAAAAGCAAACCAAUGCAGUCUUCCUCAUAGGCUGUUACACAAUAAUAUAUCUGAGAGAAUCUCCAGAAACGGUAUACAGACAUUUAUUAUCUGGAAAUGCAUCGUAUCUUCCUUUCAGGGAUGCUGCGUUUGGUACUUGCAGUUUUCAUCUGACGUUGCUUGACUGUUUUCAUGCAAUAAAUAAGGCUUUGCAGUAUGGCUUCCUUGAUUUCAGUUCAUUUGAUGUAGAUGAAUAUGAGCAUUAUGAGAGGGCAGAAAAUGGAGACUUUAACUGGAUAAUACCCCGAAAAUUCAUUGCCUUCAGUGGACCUCACUCAAGAAGUAGAAUUGAAAGUGGUUAUCCACAUCAUGCCCCUGAGGCCUAUUUUCCCUACUUCAGAAGACAUAAUGUUACCACUAUAAUCCGCCUGAACAAGAGAGUGUAUGAUGCAAGAAGAUUUAGAGAUGGAGGCUUUGAACAUUAUGAUCUCUUCUUUGCCGAUGGAAGUAUACCUAGUGAUGCCAUCGUCAAAGCAUUCCUAAAUAUUUGUGAAAAUGCUGAAGGUGCUAUAGCAGUUCAUUGCAAAGCUGGUCUUGGCAGAACUGGCACACUUAUAGCCUGUUAUAUUAUGAAGCAUUACAGGAUGACUGCUGCUGAAACUAUUGCCUGGAUUAGAAUAUGCAGACCUGGCUCUGUGAUUGGAUCACAGCAGCACUUCUUGUUAGAGAAACAGUCAGAACUUUGGAUGGAAGGUGACAUUUUCCGUUCAAAGCUAAGGAAGACCCAAAAUUGUGUUGUUACAAAAAUUCUUUCGGGAGUGGAUGACAUUUCAAUUACUGAUUCAAAAAGUCAGAAUGGCAGCAGGAAAGAUACUGAACUGUACAGUGAUGAAGAAGAAACAAACACAGUUACGCAAGGGGAUAAGCUUCGUGCCCUGAAAAGUAAAAGGCAGUCAAAAGCAAGCUCAAUUCCACUAACAGUAAUUCUACAAUCCAGUGUUCAGAAAAGUAAACAGUCUGAACCUAGCAUUUCUGACAAUGCAGGCCUUACUAAAAGAACUACCAGGUCUACUGCAAGAAAAAGCAGUUUUAAAAGUCUGAUGCCUCAGAGGGAAAGAAGGAAAAGGGAAGCUAUACAACAAAUGCGCUCAUGUGCUCCUAUCCCAAGAACAAGAACUGUUUUGCGUUAAGUGAUCGAAAUUGAAGAGGAUGCAGUUGAUAAAUGGGAUAUUGCUGUCAAUUAAAAAAAUUGAAGAGGAACUUUUAACAAAAAGCAGUGGUCUAUUUUAACAUUUAGUUUGCAUUUUUUUAAGCUUGAAGAGAACUCUUGUGCAAAGGCCCCAAAGGUAUUAUGACCGUAAGACUGGUUUUUAAAAAAUGUUGGAGGCAUUCCGAAAUGUAAAGAUAAUUAUGGCCUGUAAAUUUUAGCCUUGGAUUUAACUAACCCUCUUCUAACAAGAGAACUUGCAUUUCUGUUUGAUGCUUGUGUACAAAAUGUGAUGGCAAUCACUUAACUUCUGUCCACCACAAACUGAUUGUAGGAAGCGUUUUAGCUACUUGAUAAUUUACAAGUCAUUCCAAAGUGAUUUCUCUCAAGCUAGAGAAAGAGAAAUUAGGAAGAAACAUUCCUUUUGCUCAUAACAUGUUCAACUUUGACUAUCCUAAUUUUAUUAGGAUUUUUAUCAUUUAUAAUUGGUUUCUAAACCAAAACCCACCAAAGAGUGCUUUAUUUUCAUGGUUUUAUUUUCAGAUUUUUGUGUUACACAGCUGCCUAAAGUGUUACUUAUUACUUUUAAAUAACACACGCUUCUCUGAGGAUUAAUGAGAGAGUACUGUAUUUUGAAGCCACUUUUGAAACAGGCUCUUCUGUGCAGGUACUAGAAUGUGGGAAGAAAAAUGAUUGUAAAGCUACUGCAAAUAAUAGGGAAUUGGACAAAAUGCACUCAUUAAGGAGGGCUUUUUCACACACACCCAUAUCGCAUAUCUCAUACAAGUCUUUGAAAAUGGAUGAAGGGAUGGGUUGGUCAGUAUGAGGCCUGUUCUCAAACAUCACCUCUCUCAGCACUAGACACUCUGGCAGUGGUUCUCCCAGAUUUCAGGCAGGAGAUUUUCCUAGCCCUACCUGAAGAAGCAGGGGUCUGAAACUGUGGGCCUUCUGUACACAAUGUACGGGCUCUACUACUGAGCUUCGGUUCCAAUGGAGCCAUGACCGAGGAGGUAAAGUUGUGUUAGCCUCCUUUCUGUUCACUCUGUCUGGUUUAUUGAAACUGGGCUGUGCCCUUAAUAAUUGUAAGCCCCAAUCUCAGAGGCUUUUGAGCAUCCUAUGCAGGGUGGGAAGAAUGACAUCUGCGAUCUUUGCCUCCCUGUCCUCUUGCCCUGCAUUUUUUGCUAGAUCGUUUUUUUUGUUUGUUUUUUUUUUUUGCCUGUCUAAUGAAGGUGUUUUGUAGGGGGGAAAGAGACUGGCAGAACCUCAAGAUAAGUUGUAUCCUGGCCUCUCCAGUCUCCUCCUCUCCCUACCCAGCGAAAUACCCGCUUUCCCCCUCUGAAAUUGAGUCUGCCUUGCUGUUUUCAAAUGGGAUUCCUCCCUGUUGCAGAUUUGAAAGAGUAGAGAAUCCAUACUUCGGAUGGGUGUGCAAGAUAGGGAUCUGCUCAACAUUGUCUGCUUUGUAGAUUAUAGUUUUUUUCAUUUACCAACCCUAAUAUCCUAGUAGAGCAGGAAUGGUGGGAGUGCAAAGUUUUCUUUGUCAUGCUGACGGCAGCAUGCCAGAGCCAAAACUGAGUAGACCCAUCCCAGUUCUUUUCCAAAGCAGCAGGCUGCCCGUAAAAGAGAAGACCACUCUUGUUGGGAGAUUUGAACGGAUUACUUGCCACAGGUUGCCCACUUCUGCAGGUGCCAGCUACUCAGGCUCAUGCCUUACACAAUAGCAUUUACUAAAGUUUCUAUUAUGGAAUCCAAGUGUGUUUAAAACAUUAGCUUUGUCAUUAUUAAGUUUGUGUUUUUAAAAUAGGGAAACCAAUUGUAUAUGUCAAUUUGUACACUCAUCCCAUACCUCCAGCAUUUACUAUGAAAGAUUGAGGUUGCUUACAUACUAGUUUCUUGUUCUUUGGUGUGUUCAACUAAGUAGCACGUAGACACACUAGUGCUGGGCUGAAAAUUUCUUCCACACUUCUUUCAAUCAUGUUCUCAUUCAACUUGAUAGAAAAGAAAUUGCUUUGAGAGGGAAAUUCAAAGGAGAAGUAAAUUUUGGAGAAAUUGUUGUGGGUUGGGUUCAGGGUUCUUGUGCUUACUUAUGAGAUAGCCAAGAAGUGAGUAUCCUCUCUUUCAUUGUACAAACAUCUCUCCAGCAGCCUAUAACUUCCUCAGCUACCUGCACUUCAAUUGAAGCCCAGGGGAAGACAUUAAGUUAACUCCUCCCAUUGGGCAUUUUCAGAUCAGGAAGUGCAGGCAGCUGUGCUACAUGCCCUGCCAAUGGCGAGCUGUACCCCUCAGAAACUGUUAGAAAAGUUCUCUACCCUGCUGGAGAAAUUUAGUGAAAUUGUUUCCCCAAUUUCUCUGGCCAAAUAGGAUGGAAAUUUUUGAGAGGACGUUAACACACGUCUCUAAAUAAUACAUCUCAUAGCAGAAUGAAUUCCUUGUCUAUUCACACCAUGUACAAGUAUAAAUCACUGCAAAUUAUAAAUUUGAAUAUAUAAGUUUUUGAAUUUUGUUACCUGCUUUACUGAAGGCAGUAGGGAUGUACAGAUUUUGUUUAAUCCAUUCCUGUCUGUGUUCCAUGGAUUAUUAAGCAGCUUGUUCUAUUAACUGCUCAUUGAUAGAAUCAGAAUUCUUUUUCAUAACAUACAACAUUUUUGUUCCACUUGCACAAAAUGUUCCAUGGCAUCCACAGGACUUAGAAAAAGCUGUUUUACUGCAGAAUACACAACUCAUUUGAAUCCGCUGCAGAUUUUUACAUCUUUCUGGUUUUAAAGGACAUACUAAGUUUCUUUGAAUCAGUUUUAUAAGACCUACCCAGACAUUUAUUGCCAUACUUGUAGCCAAGUUUGUUAAUUUUACUCACCUUACAUUUAUACUGCUAUAACAAAAAUUGCAGGUAUACCUUGUACUCUUAGCAGUAGAAAUAUGUCCAGUGAUAAAAUGUUUCUCUGUAGAUUCAGAAGGCUUUUAAGAGAGAGAUUAUUUCAAAUUAAUGGGACUUUUAGGUAACCUUCUCUUAAAGUUGACAGAUCCCAUUGAUAUAUUUUGAACAGUCAAACCAGCCUUAUAACACAAGCACUUGUCAUCCCAUCUAAUUUUAGCUUGCAUCCUAAAAUUCAAGUCUGAGAACCAAACUAUGCCUUGUGUCCAGCCAUUAGUUUGAUUAGUGUGCCUAAUGGAGUGAAGUUCAGACCAACGCCUGGCACAUUUGCUGAGGUACUUAGUUUUUCUUAACAGUUUAUAGUAUACUUUGUCCAUUUCUAAUGAAGUAAAGGCAUAGGGAUGAUAUAGCUCUAUAAUAGUUCAUGACAAAAGAUAAUUCCCCUUUUCAAAUUCAUUUAGGGUCUCCCUUUUGAUGGCUAAUUGUCUUGAGAUCAUGCUGUUGCCUUGUAAAGUCAUUGUAUGUAGCCAUAAGUGCCAUUUGGUAGGUUCAGAGUCCAUCCAUGACCUCCAGCUAUAUAAUUUUAUGCUCAUGGAGAAUAACAGACCAAUCCAAGGAGGUGGUUAGGACAGGAUUAGCAUGUGCAGUUUUGAGAUUAGCAGUAGGCCCUUGAUAGAACUACAGAGCCUUGCUGGUUUACUGUCUGGCUCCCCAAUUCCCCCCACACACACACACACACCUUUGCUGCACUAAACACUGGCCCAGAGUUAAUGGCCCACCAUUAAUUUAGAACCCAAUCCUGGGCAUAAUUGGUAUGAAGCCCCGAAGACUUCAUUAGUAGUCACAGAAAAGUGCACCUGGAAUUACAAUAUUUGUAAUUACAACGAUAGCAGGGCUCACCUUGAACUAUCUAUCUAUUCACACCUUUCUGCUUAAGGUUACAGAAAUCCUAGUAGCGCUAGUGCAAUCGAUGGAUGCUCAAAAUGGCACUUCGCCUAGUGUUGUCUGUUAACAACAGUUUCAGUUCAUGUGUCUCAAGCCACAUUUAAAUAACAGCCUGACAUUAGGCCAGAAAAAUAUCCCCCAAUUUCGAAGUGAUUGUGUAUAUGGAGUAUAUUUGUUGAAUCUUUCCAGGCUUGUAAACCAAAGAAGUUUCUCAAUACUUUUCAAUUGCAUUAUUAGCUAUAGUUUGCAGCUGAUAAGCAAAUGGCACUUCAGACAUUUUGCCUCUUAACACUCUACAUACCAAAUGAAAUUAUUUCACCUCUGUACUGGUUAGCACAAUUGCAGUACAUUUUUCAAAUUCUGCACUUACAGCAAAGUUAUCCCCAAACAUUCACCUAUGAUCUUCACAGCUGUGCUGUUUAAGGACUGGAGAAAAACAAAGCUUUUUCAGAGUUGCCACUUGUCAUACCCAAUUAUGUUGUCCUGUAAUUUUUAUAUGUACUGCCUUGUAAAUUUUUGUACAGAUCAUUUGUUCAAAGUAUAUGGUGUAAUCAAUAUUGCUCAUCUUUUUUUAAAAAACGUAAUAUUUUAAAAAAAUCAGACAAAGUUUAUUUUGCUACACAUAUUUUAAGGGGAAGCUUGAUACUUAAACUUCGAAGCUUAAUUUGUAGUAUGUAUCUCUCAUUAAAUCUCUGUGAUUUGGUUAUAUAAAUACUAACUUGUAAAAAAAAGGUAUACAAAUAAAAUCUAUUGUUUAUACAAGGCUCCA